AUGGAAAACUUCACAAGUCAUCAAGUGAUCAGCACAGCAGCACUAACGCUAAACGACUGGCGCAGCUCACAGACAUACCAAGACCAGCUGCCAGCAUUUAUCACGGGUUCGCUUGUUAUUAACUCCGUUUUGAACUCACUUCUAUCCCUUGCGACAAUAAUCGCAAACAUUCUGAUAUUGUUGUCCCUCAAUAGAACCUCUCGAGUACAUGCCGCGUCCAAGGCUCUGUAUCUCAGUCUGGCGGUAUCAGAUCUGGGUGUCGGCUUGUUUGUCCAGCCAGCGUUUGUUGGUUUUCUGGCGACCGGCGGCACGAAACCAGAGAUAUGCAGGUUUCUUGGAAUCAUCGUCAAUGUUGCCAGUGUAAUCUCAGUCGGUGUUUCCCUGCAGAUUCUUACAGCAAUCAGUGUGGACCGAGUUCUUGCUAUUCGCCUUAAGAUGCGUUACAAGGAGGUGGCGUCAUUGUUCCGCACAAGGCUCGUGUUGGUCGCCUGCUGGUUCUUCAGCACUUUUCACGCCCUAAUGAUCUUCGUGAGCCGAGAAUUCUUUGAUCUCAUCCAGAUCGUCGGCAUAAUAAUGUGUAUUGGUGUGUCUACGGUAUCCUAUAUCAUCAUCUCUCGCACUCUACGACGCCUCCAAAGUCAAGUUCAGAACUACGGCCCGGAAGAGGAAACAGCUCAAAAUACUUUUAACAUAAAUCGAUACAAAAACUCAGUUGCCACUGCGCUGUGGGUGUAUGGCUCUCUCCUGGCCUGUUACCUUCCAUUUAUGCUGUCAGUUGCUGUUAAGAUUGCUGUGGGUCGCAGCCAGACGUUUAUCGGCGCGCAGUGGUUUACAGUAACCCUUAUCUACACGAACUCUACAUUGAAUCCCAUUUUGUACUGCUGGAAGAUCCAGGAGGUGAGAGAGUCUGUAAAGGAAAUCAUCAAACAAUAUUGCCCCUGUCGCAAAUAG